CGUCUAAAACAAAUAUUAUCUUCUAGACCUAAAAUGGAGGUGGCUGAUGAGCACCUCUCAAAGCCUGAUGACAGUAAUGUCAAUAGUAAGAAUUUAGACAACUCACAGAGUAUAUCAUGUAAUGAAAAAUCUCUCAUCACUGAUGAAGAUGAAAGUAAAAACACCAAUGGAAGUGUGAUUCUCAAUUGCUCAAAUGGCAACAAGCUGAUUGAAGAACCCUCGGCAAGCAACUCUCUAUACAGCGACGGAACUGUGGUGUGGGUGAGACUUGGCCAGUCUUGGUGGCCUGGUACUGUUGUGGCUCUCCAUCUCUGUCCUCAAGACUUCCUUGGAGACCUCAAGAGAACUCCACUGGCUGUCGUCAAAUUCUUUGAUGAAAAUGAAUUUGUGGACAUCCACAAGCCCGAGCAUGUCUACCCAUACAACUGUGACCGCAAGAAUGAAUUCAUCAAAAAGGGCCUCAGUUUCCAUGCCAAGAGAAUGUUGCACUCCGACUACGCUGCCAAAAACAAUUUACGCAGUAUGAAGAGCAAGGAGGAACUCUUCAAGAAGUUUGAGCAGGACGUGCUGAAGGCAGAACAGCUCACUGGCGGCGGGGCUGACGUCUUCACGCGCAUAGAAGAAGACUCGAACAAACGCAGGAUCGACUACAGUAACCUCGGAUUUGGUCCUCCUAAACCCAAGAAAAAGAAGGAGGAACGCAUAGGAGACUCGGACAUAAGCGAGGCUGUGCAUUACAAAAAGAACUCUACUGGCGCACUGAGUCAAAGAGUCAUGAAACUCGAGCACAAAGUAGUCAUAAUGGAGCAACCUCAUGUCAAAAAUAUGAAAGAAGAUUUGCAGAAGUCUUGCAAUCAUUUCAAGUGUAACUUGUGUGACUUCACAUGCAGCAGGCUCGGUGUUAUUAUUUGGCAUAACAAAGGGCAUCUAAAAACUGUCAUAGACUAUGACAGAGGAAUACGGAUGCCUGGAAGAAAGAGAAGAAAACCCAAGUCGAAAUCUAAAAAGGUAGAAGGCAAAGCAAUUGAUGGCAUUGCAGUAGACCAUUCAAAGGUGAACGGCCAUGCUGGUGCAGGCGCCGCUGCAUCAGUUGAUUCCAAGCAGCUGCUGCUUGACUGGGACGACGAGGAUGAGGCAGCUGGAGAGUCUGGAGGUGCAGGUGAGGGCAACCACGAGGGUGAGUCAAGUGAUGAGGUGUUGGAGAGCGAGGAUGAAAGUGGUGCUAUGUACCGUCGGCCUCCUGCAGACCUCGCGCAGCGCCGCCCCAUGCGCGCAGCAGAAGAGCUCAACUCUGCUUUUGAUGCACUUUUGGCUGAUUCUCAGAGUUCUGGUUCCAUCAGUACCUCUAUGCACAAUGAGCACAGUUUCGUCAAUAACGACUCUGAUAGUGACGCAAGUGACUGGGAAAAGUAUUAUGACAAAGAUUCCGACGGCGAGGAGAAUGAUGAACCCAAGGAAAGUGACAUCAAAAGCCUCUGUGAAGCCACUGAUGAUUCUAACGGAGUUGUUUCGUCGACCAUCACCAACGGUAAGUUACCCGACGAAAAAUCUGCUGCCAAUGAACCUCAUAUUGCAAUUGUUCGUCCAAAUUCGCAUGUGAUUGACUCAGUGUCUUCACAUUCGAAUUCUGCAAGUCCUGAACAGAGCAAUCAAGACGACACAAUGGAGGCGGGUGAUGAAGAUGAAGAUGGUGACACACAGGAGACUGGUCGUUCUUCAUCUUUGUCAUCUUCUCCAUCAAACAGUGGCCCAGCGUUCAUGUUAGUGGCGGUUGACGCUCAAGGUAACAAUGUACCCAUGCCGGCACUGACAGAUCGCAAUCACAGCAGUAACCUAGUGGCUGUUGAAGCCAGUAUGGAGGACGGCACUUCCCGAACCUUGUACAUUGACCCGGCCUACUUGGAACCUAACGUUGACCUGACCAACCUGAUGCUCCACAUUGACUACUCAGGUCAGGAGACCGUCAUCAUUCCCUCCACCUCAGCUGUGGAUACAACUGCCAACGCCUCGUUGCCUCAAGACAGCCUCAGCUGCGCUGAGUCAUCGGCUUGUGAAGUGUCGUCUGGCCAGCCUGCAGGCAGCAUCAGCAGCGCCGAGUCGACGCGUCCCCUGCCCGCAGAACACAAAGAGGAAGUUUCAAGCAGCGGCAGCGCGGCGCACGAGACAUCCGCUUACAAUAAGCAGCCUUGAAGAAGCAGCAGCAUCAGCUGCUCUGAUCAGAGGCAUACUCGAGCAUCCUAGCCCAGCUUUAGACUGCACUCUUUGUGUGAUGUUCGAAAAAUUUCAAGCUCGGGUAGACAUUUUCCAUUGUUUUUUUUCUUGGUUUAUAAGGGAGUACGUUGAAUUCUUCUAUUGCCGCAGCCUUACUAGUGCUCUGUCCUAGAACAAUACAUGGAUGACAUUUUCCUCCCAUUUGUUUUUGAAGGAAGUUAUUGGUGACUGCAUCUGUUUACUUUUUUAAGAAACGUUACCUAGGCGCUCCUUGACUAUCAUGUUAUGACAAACAUCUGUCAAUCAUUUAGAUGAUGAUCCAGUUUGGUUUGAAUUAGAACGUCUUGUUAUUUACAAAUUUUUAAUUUAUUAACUUUUUGGUUUAACUCAGAAUUUAUCAAAACGUUGACUUUGUCAUGAAAUGACAUAUUAAAGUUUUAGUUGAAAUUGCGUCAAAUUUGCGCCAUUUGGAUGCAUUUGGAGUGGAUGUUCCCGUCUGGAUUAGCAAAAGAUAAACGAUUCUUGCUGCUGGAAUCUUGCUUUGUACUGCGUUCAAUUGCUUCUCCAUUGCCUCUCCUUCUCCGUGUCCAUCACAUAUAUUACUAUCAGCUACAUGCGAAUGUAUUCCGCAUUUAUCUUGCUGAAUGCUUGUACAUGCAAUUUAGUAUCUCUUGGCCUAUAAUCUAAUGCUCUGCCAUUUACAAAACUUAACUUGCACUUUAAAAUGUUUCUCCUGGCUUUUUGAACACUUCACUAUUGACCAUGUGUGAAUUUGUAAUGAAAAUUAAUUUUACUGUUGUAUGGAAUUUAUGAAGGCAUGCUGCCGCGAAGUUUAUUGGCAAGAUUUGUGAGAGAACUUUCUCAAGGUCUAGCGUGGGUCCGUACAAGACUGAUGUUGAUAUGAUAUACUUUUUUCAUUGUGAUCGGAGGCGUUGGACGAAUUGUUGUUAUUUUGCUCAACUUACCACGAGCCUUGCCGCACUAAUAUGUUGACGGCAUUGAUUGCAUAUUCUUUCUAUUUUGUGAAUUAUUAUUUCCAUUCUAUUGAUAUUUUUGUAGAAAUGAGAAUCAAGUCUCUGUGUUUCUUAGGUUCCUCCUUUAACGUUCUGUUUGUUGGUGAAUUCCAUCAGACAUUAACAUCUCACAAGCUCAGCAGUUUCAUCUAGCAAUUGAAUCAUUAUUAAUAAAUCUAUCGGUUCAAUAUAUUCAUGAAAAAUAUUAUCCAGAACCCUAACAAGCUUAUUUUCGCCACCUAUAUUGUAUUUCUUUUUAUGAAACAACUGUUUCGAAUAUAAUGGCAUAAAAUGCGUUUUCUAAGUGACGUAGGAGCCGAUCGUUGUAUCCGCCGUUCUAAUGCCGUAUAGAAUCUUUAUUCUAGUGAAGUGCCUCUCAGUCAACACUCCAAUCUUGAUACAAACACCUUCUCUAAUUUUUGUUCUAUGCAGGAUAAUGUUUUCUGUUAAUUUUUUUUGUGAUUCGCACUUAAAGUUGGCUACUAUGUGCAGGAGGUGUCGUCAAAUAAGCGAGGACUUACUUUAAACUACUAGUUUCGUUAUUCUAUUAUUUGACAUUUUAACUCUGUAACUUGUGAUUUAGCAAAAAACUGUCUUGCAGCCAACAACCUGGGCUAGGGUUUCUAGAGAAUUCUUUUCAACUUUUAUGGAAGUAACGGAAUAGAGUGCAUUUUAUUUAAUUUACGGACAUAGAAGCACCGAUGGCUCCAGUGUCCCGUGAGCAAAGCUUUUGUUUGCUUAUGAAUAACCUGAGCAUUCCUUAACUUGUUGAGAUGCACUCAAUAGGUCUGAAGUUAUAGAGACUCUCAACAUGAAUAGAGCUGAUGCAACAAUGUACUUUUUCCCUGAGAAUUUGGUAUAGUUUUUUUUAGAUCUACAUUAAUGUAGUUUACGUUUCUAGUGAAAGAAUCAAUUGUUCACGGAUAUGCUGUUCUAAUAUUUGUAAUUCUUGCAGUACUUUCAUUAUUAUGUGUUUAUUUGAGA